GUGCGAAGAUGCCUCAACAAGUGUGUCGCACUGCCAACUAGACAAAUCCUUUCUACCACACAAUAUAAAAGUACAAGAAUAGACAUGUCGCUAAGCGCUGUUACUGGACGGAUUCUGUUUGCGUUGGGCUUGUCCAGUCUCAUGGUCAUUCAUGCAAGACGCAAAAAGUCAUUAAGCCCCAAUGGCGCUGCCACUGCUUUCUUACUAGGCAUGAUAACGUUCUCAGCCCCACUUUGGGUAUUUUCAGUAGUUUUACUAGCAUUUUUUCUAGCCAGUUCGAAAUUGACAAAGUUCAAAGCGGUAAGGAAAAGACAACUAGAAGCUGAUUACGAGCAGUCAAGCGAAAGAAGUGCCAUUCAAGUAAUUGCAAACGGUUUAAUGGGUGGAUUGGCCGUUGCAGCUUUCCAAUACUUGUAUUAUUCAAACACCAGUAACGAACAUACUUCCAGUUUGGAAAAAUGCUUACAGUUGAAUAAUGAUCGAUGGACCAAAAUUCUUUUGUGGGCUUAUGUGGGACAUUAUGGUUGCUGUGCAGGUGAUACUUGGGCCAGUGAAUUGGGCAUCUUAAAUAAGUCCUGGCCGAUUCUUAUUACAAAAUUGAAGAAGGUACCACCAGGAACAAACGGCGGUGUUUCUGUCUUGGGGUUCAUUGCUUCUUUGGCAGGUGGAGCUUUCGUCGGCGCGGCGACGUCUCUCACAUUAUACCUAGAACAAAGAAGCUGUUUUGGGUUUGCUUACGAGUACAUUAUUCUCGGUUCUAUGGCUGGAAUGAUUGGCUCGCUGGUUGAUUCUAUAUUGGGCGCUACGGUACAAGAAAGUCUAUAUUCAGAGGACAAAAAGAAAAUUGUAAACGAUAAAAGUAGUGCUCAUGUCAAUGUCAUUAGCGGUAUUCCUCUAUUGGAUAACCAUCAAGUAAAUAUGCUGUCUUCUUUCAUUAUCACUGCCGCAAGCGCAUACGCGGCUUAUAAACUGUACCCAAUCCAAUAACAAAUCUUGCUUAAACCACUUCAAUUAUAUCAUGUUUGUCUGCCAUGUACUAUAUG